AUGCCGUACAGCCGACCACUGGUCUACUCGGUGCCAGCCAGCCACCCCUCCACCGCCAGCGAGCACAGCAGUACGAAGUACAUCCAAACCCGGAUCCAGUCGGAUACAUUGAGCAGCCUGGCCGAGAUUCGUUGGGGAGCCUUUUUCGGCAGUUCCCCAUAUGGCCUCCAUGGCUCGUUCCCUGGUGCAACGGUUCCCGAAAACUUCAUGUACCUGACCAGGGAUCUGGCCACCAGCCCGCUCGUCGUGUGGCACAGCCGGAGCAUGGUGGGCUUCUUCGACUCGAGCAUCGCCCAUCCACUUCCAGACGGGAACACCGAGCUCCUUGCCGGGUUGGCCUUCGGACAAUCCCAGGCCGACUUGCUCGGCCUCACCGGCACCCCGGGCCAAGUUCGAACCAUCUUCCUGGCCAGCAUGGAUGCCGACGACCUGGAAAUAUCGGAGGUCAGCCUGCCUCCCGUGGGGCCGGGGCCCAGCGUGGCCGCGGCCGGGGUCGGUCGGUCCUUCUAUCUGGCCCAUGACGACCACGUCAUGUACCUGUCCGUGGACAAUCCGGACGCCUCUGUCUCCGUGAAUAUCGGAAGUCCAGUGAACGCUUUGCAGAUCGCGGCCACGCGCCUUUUCCCCCCCACUAGCGGGUGUUCGGAUUUCGCGGACAUACUUCUGCUCCUGGAUGACCAGGUGAUGGUAUUCUCCUGCUUCCAUGGCCAGUCCGCCGGAAGGGCAUCCAGUGCUUGGCCCGUGGGGGCGCCCUCGGCCGGGGCGCGGCUCUUGGUCGCACCGGUGGCCGCCAUGCAUGACAGCACCACGCCCUUCUACUUGGUCCUGCCCGGGGCUGCUUCCUCCCGAGAUCGUCUAUGGAUGGCGGUUGCCGAUGGGGAGGAUCUCUCCUGGCGGCGAGUGGUCCUACCACCGAGCAUUUCGGACCUCGGUGACCUGCAGCUGGUUCGCUUGCGAACCACCGACACCGGGCCCGGUCGGUGGACGCUGCUGUCCAAGAACACCGCCCUCUUCGGAUCGCAGGACUUCGCUUGCGAAAGCGAUGACAGUGUCCAGUGUGACGGGCCUAGCUCGUCCUCCGGGUCGGUGACAGGAUGGGCCUGUGUCGCUGGCCGUGCCAGGUCUGCCUCCGUGUCGCCUGGUCGUCUCUGCGCCGGAUGCGCGGACGGCUGGUACCUCAGUCGGCAAGCUGAUGAAGUGCCCUUCUCCCAGCCGAGCCAUGCUUGUACCCAGUGCCCCUUCGCCAAUUGUCGGACCUGUGUGCCCAACGACUGUUAUGUGUGCAACCAGGGCUUCCUGCUGGAAAGGAGCGGCUCAAAUGGCUCCACCAUCUGUGUGGCCACCUGCUCGGCCGGGUACACGCAAGUGGCCGACACCUGCCAGCCGGUUGGGCAAUCGCCGCCGGCCCUGGCACCAUCCACGGCGGAGCUAGAGAUCCUGCCCAGCUUGAAUCCGACGGACCGAGUCACCUGCGCCAAGCAAACGUGGCUAGCGAUUGAUGAGACCUCCGGGCGGCUGAAAGUCCCCGCUCCCGGUCUUGCGACCACCGGCAGUGGUAUGCUCCUCUUCACGAAGGAGAAGAAGAUCUACUUCAUGUUGGCCGAGGACAUUGGCCAGGAAUUGAAGCCCUCCCUGCGCGAGGUGGACGGCUUGGAGUCCGUCCCCUCGGCCGACGUGGUGGACUUCGCCGAGGCCGGGCCCUUUGUCCACAACAACCGGCUGCUGUAUUUGCUGGUCUUCUGCCUGGACAAUCGGGACACCUAUAGCAGUUGGCUGUCAUGCGAGGGGCCGGACAGCUGCAUUGCCACUGCCACCAGCCCGGUCAAGGCUAAUAUCGCGGGCUGCCUCGGCGCCGAGCGCCUCGAUGGAGAGCUUAUUCUUUUACGGCGUAAUAACUGGCUUCUGACGCUGAUCAGUCCCAUUCCAUCUACUCAAUCAGUGGGGUUUGUGCUCCUCAGUGGCAGCACGGGCAUGGUCAGCUUGCCGGGGCCCGUGUUGCCGGGGCUUUCGGUCCCGACUUUGGACAGGUGGCUGUUCUCGGCUAGCAGCGAUGGCCAUGCCAUGGCCGCUCGACGUGAGCUCAUCCUCGCGGCCGACUCGCGAAGGCAGAUGCUCGCGGGGCAGUUCCUUUCCGGCUCGUCGGACGCCGAUGGGGCAUUCGUCCCGGUGGCCAUGCAUCGCAAUGCAUACACCAUGGAGGAGGUGGUCUUUUGCAAGUUGCUCGGCACCGAGUGGGUGGUCCUGCAUCCCCCGGGGAAUAUGCUGCCCGCUGGCCGGUCUUUGGACCUGCCCACCCGGCGGCUGGUCCUCGGGGUCCUGCCCAAGAUGUUGGAAAUCCCCCCGAGUCAACAUGUGAAUGUCCUCUUCCAGGGGAUUCUCCUGCCAGAUGCCGGGACCGAGUAUCCAAGCGCGCUGAUCCUGCUGACGGGCACCUUCCUCGGGGUGUCGCUGUACCAUUGCCCACAGGGGGAGUUCCGGACGUGUAACCUCCAGCCGGCGGUCUUUAUGCCGCUGCCGGAAAGCCUGCGAGUUCUGACCCAGAGUCGAACCUGGACGUCGGUGAUCGUCCGGUCUCCCGGCACCUCGGGCUCCAUGCCCGAGAUGCCUCUCCUGCAGGGGUACAACUUGCGGUUCUUGUCCUCCUCGCCGACCGUCGGGGCGGUGGUCUUUUCCCUGGUGCUGGCCUGUCCCGAGGGGACUUGGCCCAAUGCCGAGGACCAUGUGUGUCAAGCCUGCGCGGCUGACUGUGCCACUUGCGUCUCCGCCGUCGGGUGUGCCACUUGUCGCACGGACUCCUAUCUGGGCGCCGACCAGUCCUGCCACGCAUGUCAUAUUUCCUGUGCUCGAUGUGAAGAUGCCGGCAGUUGUGUCGCAUGUCGGCCGGGGCUGGUGUUCCUCGGGACCGAUGUGCAGGUGCCGUCCCUGUGCGGGGGGGCCUGCCUGCCGGGCCAGUACAUCGGUGCUGGCCGGUGCGCCGAGUGCGACGCCAGCUGCGAGCUGUGUGCCGGGAGCGCGGCCGCCUGCCAGGUGUGCGCCGAUGGCUUCCGCUGGGCCAGCCGGCCGGCGCCCGGGGCCACCGGGACAUGCGUGCCCUGCGCGUCGGGCUGUGCCUCCUGCACGGCAGACAAAUGCCUGGCCUGCGAGGCGGGCCUCUUCCUGGCAUCGGACGGGACAUGUGUGAGCACGUGCCCGGCCGGGGCCUGGCCCAAUGGGGAGUCCUGCCAGCCGUGCGACAUCUCGUGUGCCACCUGCACCGGCGGCGGCGGGGCCGACCAGUGCACCGGCUGUGGGGUGGGCUUGGACUUCGUCGAGAGCGCCCCCGGCGUCGGGGCAUGUGUUUCCGGCUGCGACGAAGGCCAGUACCGGGACCCGGACGGGCUGACUUGCCUGCCGUGCGACGCGGCCUGCCAGUACCGGGACCCGGACGGGCUGACUUGCCUGCCGUGCGACGCGGCCUGUGCCGCUUGCAAUGGUCCCUCGGACCAGGAUUGCUGGCAGUGCCGGAAUGGGAUACUUCAGGAUGGCGACUGUGUGCAGUCCUGUGCCGGGUCGCAUGUGGCCCUGGCCGGGAGGUGUGUAUCUUGCCAUGCGUCGUGUGCCGAGUGCUCCGGCGUGCGGAGCACCGAGUGCCUGCCGGCCUGCCCGGGCGACUUGCUCCCACUACCGGCUGGGCAGUCGCCGAUGCGCUGUGUGCCUGCCUGUCCGGUGGGCUACGGUGCCCUGUCCGGUGGAUGCACCGCCUGUGCGGCCCACUGCGCCGCCUGCCCCGAAGCAUCGAGCGCCUGUGCCCAGUGCGAGCGUGGGUGGCUCCUGGCCGGGUCGCAGUGCGUGGCUUCCUGUCCGGGGGACACCUUCCUCCUGGGUAGCAUUUGUGCCCCGUGUCAUGGAAGCUGUGGCACUUGCUCCGGGCCGGAUGACAACCACUGUGUCACCUGCCCCGUGGGCACCUUCCUGCAGAUGGACAACCGCUGCCAGGGGUCCUGCGCCGAGGGGACAUUCCGAAGUGGCGACACAUGCCUGCCCUGCAGCGAGGCAUGUGCCUCGUGCUCCGACGCCGGGUCCGACAAGUGCACUGGCUGCGCGGCGGGCCGUGUGCUGCACCAGGGCACCUGCUUGCCGACCUGCCCGACGGGGUUCUUCAAGCAAGACGGCGCGUGCCACGCAUGUGACGAGUCCUGCGCGGCCUGCAUCAGCAGUGCCAUUUGCACGGCCUGCAAGGGCCAGGAUAUGCUCCAGCCCGGGGGGACAUGUGGCCCGGGCUGCCCGGGUGGGUGGGUUUCUUGCGCCUCCCGAGGCCAGUGCCUGGCUUGCAGGGAAAAUUGCACCGAGUGCCUUUCAUUCGGUGAUGAGUGCCAAGUACUGUGCAUGGCAUGUGACCCGGGCUUUUUCCUCUCUUCCGGGGAUUGCCACGAGGCCUGUCCGGCGGGGGAGUUUGCGGCCGCAGGGUCGGCCGUGUGCCAGUCCUGCGGCAACACCUGUGAGACCUGCUCCGGCUCGGGGGACUUCUGCACCGGCUGCCAUUCGGGCCUUCUCCUGCCGCAAGAGGGUAAGUGUGUGCCUGCCUGUCCGGCUGCCUCGGCUCCGAGGGGCGGCGUGUGUGUCAGCUGCCUGGCCGGAUGCGAGCAGUGCGACACGGCCCCAGGUCAUCCUGGUGAGUGCACCCUCACCGGGGACGGGUCACCGGUCUGCCCGGACAUUGGCACUUGCGAUCGCUGCAUGGCGGGUCUCCUCCUGCUCAAUGGGGGUGCCUGUGUGGAAGCCUGCCCGGCUGGGUACUUUGCCGACAUGGACAGCCAGCUGGGCAGCUGUGUUCGCUGCCAUGAAAGCUGCGCCGAGUCCUGCACCGGACCCGGGGUGGAAGGGUGCAAGUCUCCCGGGCGGUCGGGCAAUUCGCGCAUCGGCCUGGCCAUCGGUCUGUCUGUGGGUCUGCUGCUGCUGCUGCUGCUGCUCAUCCUUCUGGCGGCCUUGUGGCUGUUCUUUGCGCGCCGGCGAGGCACUCGGCCAAUGAAGCCGGCCAACGGUGGCCUUCAUGAUGAGGAUGCCACCAUGAUGAACACCCUGCUGGAGCUGGCCCUACCCGGGGCCAUCCUGGUCAGUGUGGAUGCGGACUUCGCGCCGGUGGCUGAGCAGCCCAUGGGGGCCGGGGCCCAGGCCAGCGUCUUCGCCGCGCGGGCCAUCGGUGCCGGGAUUUCCGCUCGGCUAGGCUGCCCGGAGACGGUGGCCAUCAAGCGCAUGAAGGCCGACGCCAUGAAGCCCACACAUGUGGCCAUGUUCCACAAUGAGAUCGCCCUCAUGUGGUCCUUGCGCCAGCAUGGGAACAUCGUGCGCCUUUAUGGAUACAGCGAGGCGCCGCCGGCCAUCGUCAUGGAGCGCUUCGAUACGGACCUGCGCACGCUGCUCCUUUCGGCCGUGCCCCUGAGCCAGCUGGAGCUGCUGCACAUUUGUCGCGAGUGGGCCACCGGGCUGGAGGCCAUGCACGCGCACGGGGUGGCCCACUGCGACCUGAAGCCGGCCAAUGUGUUCGUCAGCCAGGGCUCCUCGGCGGCUGGCUCUUGGCAGGUGGCUCUCGGGGAUUUGGGCACCUCUCGAAACCUGAGCACCGUCCGGUCUUCGGCCCUGCUGGACACCAUGCCCCAGCUGAAUGCCCUGUCUGUGAGGUACGCCUCGCCGGAGGUCAUUGUGGCCAUCAGGCGCAAGGCUCCCCUGGACCCGGAGCUUUUCUUCCCGGCCGACAUCUACAGCGCGGCCAUCAUGCUGCAUGAGUGCCUUUCACAGGCCACGCCUUGGCCGAGCUUGGGCCUCCAGGACAUCAUGCUGGCCGUGAUUGGCGGGACUCGGCCCGAGGUGGCCGCCUUGACGGUGGAUGCGGCGGAUUUGGUGCAGGCGGCCUGGCAGGAGAACCCCUCUCGGCGACCCUCGGCGGCCGUCUUCCGCCAACGAUGUGCGGCCCUGUUCGUGGUGGCCGGUGGCUUGGACACCUCUUGA